AUGUGUAAAUUUCAGUCGCCAGGUCCCGCCCGCGACUGUAUCAAUUAUGAGAAACUAUUCACCACAGAAACGGAGAAAAAGAAGAUUUUACACAGAAUCAAUAGUCGCAGAAAUAAAAUCUCUUCAGGAGAAAUACGCUCUUUGCCAUCUGCGGAGAAUAUGCUAAAAUUGGAAUGGAGUGAUGAAUUGGAAGUUAUAGCGCAGCGAUGGGCAGAUCAGUGUUUUAACAACUUCACUGAUGUAACGAAAUGGUGUCACGACUUGGAAAAUAGUUCCGUGGGUCAGACCAUAGGUACAAUAUACGGAGAUGCGCCUGGCUUAACUGCUGCAUCGAUCGUGGACUUAUGGUACAUGGAGCUACUAAACAUGAAUGCAUCUUACCUGGAAAGAUACUCUCCAUCGACACUAACUUCUUCGGAACACUACGACGAUUUUACACAGCUAAUAUGGGCUGAAUCUUCGCGUGUUGGAUGUGGAGGAGUUAUAUUUAAGGAAAUAAAUACGGAAUCACUUACGGUUCAAAAAAAGACAGUCUAUAGACUAAUUUGCAACUUUUCACCCAGUGGUAAUGUUAUUGGGAAAUCUGUUUACAAUAGCGGCAUACCUUGUUCCCGAUGCCCACAUGGGAGAUAUUGCGACGUGGAGUACCAAUUUUUAUGCUCUUCAUAUGUCCAUAAAGAUGAAACAAACUUUACUGAUGAAUUGAAAUCGACUACAGAAUAUAAAUACUCCUAUGAGCUUACCAAUAUAAAUGGAUUCGUUAAAACUAAUGAAGACCAACUAAAUAAAACUGAAGCUAAAGCAAAUUUAAAGUUAAAUGAAACACAAAACGUAACAACAUCAGAUAUAGUAAACGAUAAUGAUACUUAUUUUGAUUUUCUGUCUCAUUUGUUUGAUAUCUCAUCGACACAUGCAAUAAAUCUAAAACCUACAACUCUUCCAUGCAAGGAUAAUCUGGCAGUUGAUGAUUUUAUAGAAUUAUUGAAGAGCAAAUUGAAAAAUGAUCAAUCUUUAAAAGAUUUGUUAUUAUCAUCGACCACAACAUUGACACCAGAUUCUACAUUUACUGACAGAACUGUUGCUGCUAUUGUUAAUCAACUUUACAGCAAAAAAGAAACAACCACGACGAGUCAACCAACAGAAGACCAGAAUAUAAAUUCAACUUUGCUUGCGGAUUUAGUUGAGGCUGUUAUUUUUAGACAUAGUGGUAUAUACUCGACAACUGAAGAAAAUUUAAAUCUACGUACGCAAAUUAUAUCAAAUGUUAUCCCUAUUAAAAUACAGGCAGAACUUGGUGAAAUACAGUCUAAUACCGAAUUUAGUGGUCAUUAUUUUUUCCCAGAAGAAGAAGAAAAACCUGACUCCAAUACCACUGAAGUAUAUGAUGACUUAGAAAAUUUAAAUAUUUCAGAAAUAUCUUUAGAAAUUGAUGAGCUAACAAAAAAUAGGGAAACAAAAGAUUUUUUAGAAGAAAUUCUUGAAUCAGACUUGAUGACUGAAAGUGGAAUAACGGAUCGCGUUGAUUUGAAUAACAGCAACGGUACUAUUACUUUGUGAAGUUGUAAAGGUAGUAGUGAUUAAUAACAAUAAAUGUUUAAAAAUAAUUUCAGUGAGUAAAAAAUACGAAAAUAAUGAUUUGCAAAAGAAUGGAUUUUAUGCCAAUAAGAAAAUGAAAAGGAGGAAAAGAAGCUUAGAACAUAAUAAUGCAGUGGAGGUGGAUGCUAUUGAUGGUGUCUUUAUAACAUACAACGAUUUACUAAAACAGCUUGCAGCUGAUAUAAGAAUUUUAAAGUUAAAUGAAAAGUUUUUCUGUUCUGAACAUACCAACAGUUCCAAAACUAAAAUACAACUUUAUUAUUAUUUUUUAGUUAUACAUAGUUACACAUGUUACUUUUUAUUUAUACAAUUAAUAAAUAUGUAGUUACAAACAAAUAAUAAAUAUUUUUUUCUGUAUUAAAAAAGUAUAUAAAUAAAGUUAAAAGCCACUAUAAAUAUUAAGAAAAGAUUACAAGAACCUAAUUUGUUAAUACGAUUACAAAAACAUUUAUCGUGAGAAUAUGGUUUUUUAGCAAUUCUCCACGUCUCAAUAAUUUUAUUUACUACGUAAUAGUACAAAUCGCCGUAUGAUAAUAAAUUAGAUUCAUACUUCAUGUGAUUUCCAGAUUCUCUUUUUAGAUUUUUAUUUCUUAUCACUGACGAAUUGUAAUGAUAAUCUUGUCGUUUAGUUCUGUUAUUUAUAUCAUUAC